GGAGCGGAGCGGCUGCCGCCGCUGCCUGGAUGCCAGAAGCGCCUCUGGAGCCAGCGGCCGGCGGCACCCGGGAGGGCCCGGGAGAGGAGGAGGAGAAGGCGACGGCGGCGGCGGAGUAGGACUCCGGGCGCGGAGGGGAGGAAGCAGGCAGCGCUUGCCAUGGCCUCCAACUUUAACGAUAUAGUCAAGCAGGGCUACGUAAAAAUCCGCAGCAGGAAGCUGGGGAUUUUUAGGCGUUGUUGGUUGGUUUUCAAGAAGGCUUCCAGUAAAGGACCCAGGAGGCUAGAAAAAUUUCCAGAUGAGAAGGCAGCAUAUUUCAGGAACUUUCACAAGGUAACUGAGCUGCACAAUAUCAAAAACAUAACCAGAUUGCCUCGAGAGACAAAGAAGCAUGCAGUGGCAAUUAUCUUUCACGAUGAGACAUCAAAGACAUUCGCCUGUGAGUCAGAACUAGAGGCAGAGGAGUGGUGCAAGCAUCUUUGCAUGGAAUGUCUAGGGGCCAGGCUCAAUGAUAUAAGUCUUGGGGAACCAGAUUUGCUUGCUGCUGGAGUCCAGAGAGAACAAAAUGAACGAUUCAAUGUAUACCUUAUGCCUACACCAAAUUUAGAUAUCUAUGGGGAAUGUACAAUGCAGAUCACACAUGAAAACAUCUAUCUCUGGGACAUCCACAAUGCCAAGGUCAAGCUGGUCAUGUGGCCUCUGAGCUCUUUGAGGAGAUAUGGACGUGACUCAACGUGGUUUACAUUUGAGUCUGGAAGGAUGUGUGACACAGGAGAAGGGCUGUUCACCUUUCAAACACGAGAAGGAGAAAUGAUUUAUCAGAAAGUUCAUUCUGCAACACUGGCAAUAGCUGAGCAGCAUGAAAGAUUAAUGAUGGAAAUGGAGCAGAAGGCAAGGCUCCAGACCAGUCUGUCUGAACCAAUGACUUUAUCCAAGUCGAUCUCACUUCCUCGUAGUGCAUAUUGGCAUCACAUCACCCGGCAGAACAGCGUUGGAGAAAUCUACAGUUUACAAGGUCACAGCCUCGGCUCAGCGAAGGUGUCCCGGGCGCAGACAUUUCCCAGCUACCCGUCGGAGCAGGGCGAGGAGCAGCAGCAGCCGCUGUCGCUGGCCAGCAGCUACACCUUCAGCUACGGCUCGGGGCUGGUGCAAUGACAGCGGGGACUGCUGGCCAGGAUGGACACUUGAGCCUGGAGCCUCCCGCCAGGACCGGGAGCCGCUGGCCCCUCUGCACCCACCAUUUGCCAUGAAAACUGAUGGCUACCAGCUCCAGCCGGGGCACCGCCAAUGCGGAAACCUGGAGAGGCGGCUUCCCCGGAGCAGAGGCUAAGUCUUUAUUUAUUUAUUUUGCCGUUCCUUUUGUCAGUAUGUUCGGAAAGGAGGGGGUUGGGGGGAGGGAGGAAGGGGGGCCACGUCUGUGUUGUAAGAAAGUGGUGGAAACAAAUGAAACUGUGUUGGUUGGUGUAAAGGUUUCUGCAUGACCGGAGAGGGUCCCUUCUGGGGCUCCGUUGCAAUGGCGCAUUUGACACUGGGGCCUUGCUGCCCAACCCCAGCAGUAGGCCAGCCUGUCUUCACCCACAACCUCUGUAGGUCCUUGCCACAGCCUACAAUUCCCGCAGGAGUCACUGAAAUGUCGCCAACUCAAGAUGCAGCAUCGGCGCUGCGGGGUCACCUUCAAAUCCGAGUGGGUUCACUCACUGCCCUUGAGGGUGGUUGGGUGUUUUUUGAGCCAGACCAACAAAUACUGGAGUAACAGGCUGAUAUGUUUUGUUGGGAAUAGCGUUUGAUGCAUUAAGGUAAGGUUAUUGCCUGGUCCAGCUCUAAUCGUAAAUUCCUGGGGCACAAUUCAUCCCUUACUAGUGCAAUUCUCAUGAUGCCCCUAAGAGCUGUGAAGAUCCCUAUCAGCAGCACAGUUUUGUCCUCAGAACUGCUGCAAAGUCUUCUUGCUCGCAAAUUAUUUAAGUAACCAUGCCUGCAAGCAUAACUUUAAAAAGCGGGAAAACUGCUCUUCAAACAAAAAAAAAAAAGUGGGCCACUUGCCCAGCUGGCAACCACUUGUGCCAUGGCUGGGCCAGACAUGGUAGAGCUGAGCUCUGGUCUUGUCUUUCUGGUCAGCGUUGCUUUGAUUUUCUGUGUUUCCUUCUCAGAUUUCUGUUCUAGUUGAGCAUUGUAUCUUGUAUGAUCAUGUGUCAAGCACCUGUUUACUUUCAAGAGGAGGAUGAGUACCUCUCAAUGGAAAUUUUCUGUCUUUGGAAGACGUCUUUCAAAAAUGAACUGUAGUAGGUGUUUGUAAUUGGUAAGGAGAGAAUAAGUUGGAAGGCAUACCUGUAGGUGGGGAAUGAAUUUUAUCUAUCCUGAACAUUUAGAUUUUUGUAACUGUUAUCAAAUAUUUAUGUACUCCUUGUGAUGCCCUGAAAUGUUUGAAAUUGUGAGGAGAAAAAUCUGCCCCCUUGUAUGAUCUGAGGAGCCUUGUGUUCUAUUCCCAGUGUGAAACUAUUGCCAUGAUUACCAGAGGGAUUCAGCUCAUUGGUUGUUUCUUAGGACAGGUUGAGGAAAUGUAUCAAGGAGGAGACACACAGACUCUUUUCCAAUGAAACAAUCAGUUUUAUGUACUAUAAUUUAACUGAAAAAGUGCUGUUGGGUUGUUUUAUAUAUGCACAUUAUAUAUAUAUGUAUUAAAAGGUAUGGAAGAAACUUCUGCUUUGAUUAAACAUUUACUGAUACAGUAUAGUCAGCUUUUCUCCAACCAUCUUCCCAGCUAAUAGACCUUGCAUACUUACAGCUUUCUACACCUCAGUGAACGGCUGCUGAAUAAAAAAGCUUUGUGAUCCACUUGAAUGAAGCAGUUCUACCCCACCACAAUCACCUUUAUUUAUUUUUCCCGUUUUUCCUUGUCUCAUUCGCUACCUCUUUUCCUUCUCACAGUGCUGCCAUACUCAGGAAUAGAAUGGCUCCCUACAGAGAGUAUCUUGAUGAGCUAAAAUGAAAAACUGCUCUCCCACGCUGUCAGGGCGCUGCACCUAUGGUGCUCUCAGAGCUGUACCCAUCAAGGAAGCUUCUUCAUUCACACUUUCAUUUAAGAAAAAGAUUCGGUUGACAUUUUGCUUAGGGAAAAUUUCCAAUUUGCAAACGUUAAAUGAAAAAUGUGAUUCAAAAGGAUAGAUAUUCUGCUGGUGUAAUCCUGUUACUCAGUGCAGCUUUGCCAAAUAAU